AUGGAGAGCAUGUUCGAAGAUAGUCAAUUUCUCGAAGCAAUUGAUUCUCCAGCUAACCCAAUUUUGACAUAUGUCACAUAUUGGGCAAGCGUGGACUCGGUAACACCGAUGAAGCUGGCGCUUGUCCGGGCGAUGACCAAGUGUCAUGCUGCUGGUGUGCAAUGUGUAUCGCGUCGGGCCAAAAUCCUUCGGCAGCGGUGUUACCUGAUCAGCCUGAGUAUUAUAACGGAUGCAUACCUGACGGCUUUGAGUGUGCUGGUAAUCAACGAGGGAGUUGUCGAUGAGCAUUGGACGAGACAUUAG